CCGUGGUUCCUUGUGUCUCUGCAUCUGCGAGCGCUGCUACAUUCACUGCGGGUGCAGGAGUGGGGGGGUGGCAGUGGGAGAGAGAGUGUGGAGAGGGGAGGGGGUCCAUACAUCACUGUGGGUGCAAGAGCGGGAGAGGAAGAGAGAGUGAGAGCGUGUGGAUUAUUUAUUUAUUUGUAACAGCAGCCACAAGCGUGUGGGUCUCUCUCUCUGCUCCAGACGUCGCGUUCCGCAGAAGACUGCAACACGUUCCGGCUUGACAGCUCCGUGCUUUGUCAGAUGUGGAGAGUCUACCCUCCUCCUCCCCCCCAUAACCUCCUUGUCUCUGGGUUCUGGCUCAGCAUCUGAGUAGUGGAGAGCUCUUCUGGCUUUCUUCUCCUUUACAAAGAAGGUGUUGGUUUGGAGCUCCGUGUCAAUUGAAUCGCAUCGAUAUUCUAUAUCCAUUGAGAAGUGAGGAACGCCAAACAAGUGGGCAAUUGCCCGGGGAGACAGAUCUUUCGUCCCAACAGUGCCUUGGUUGGCAGCAUCGACGGAACUCUCCAUUUAAUCUCCACCGCCACCGCCGAUCAACGCGCUCCACUCUCCCGCCCCCCCCACCACCCACUGCGGAGAAAUCUGAGACGGCCUGCGGUGCGGCGAGGGAGCGACCGACAGAUUGCCAAAGAAACGACGAGCAGACGAGAGAGAGAGAGAGAGGGGACGGAGAGAGAGAGAGAGGAGCAAUGCACAGACUGAGGCAGAGUCUGAGACAGAGGAAAGAGAACUACGUCCCGGAGGCGAGUCGCCCUCACCAGUGGCAGUCGGACGAGGAGGCGGUGAGACGCGGGCAAUGCAGCUUCCCUGUCAAGUACCUGGGCUGCGUGGAGGUGGAAGACUCGAGGGGGAUGCAAGUGUGCGAGGAAGCCAUCAAGCGGCUCAAGUCUAGUCACAAGUUUCCGAUAUCGUUCUUCUCCAGAAGCGGUCAGAAGAAGACGCGGGCCAUGCUGUGGGUGUCGGCCGAUGGACUGAGAGUUGUGGAGGACAGCACCAAGGACCUCAUCGUCGACCAGCUGAUCGAGAAGGUGUCGUUCUGCGCGCCCGACCGGAACCUCGAGCGAGCCUUCUCCUACAUAUGCCGCGACGGCACGACGCGCCGCUGGAUGUGCCACUGCUUCAUGGCCGCUCGCGACUCGCAGGGGGAGCGGCUGAGUCACGCGGUGGGCUGCGCCUUCACCGUGUGCCUGGAGCGCAAGCAGCGGCGCGAGAAGGAGUGCGGCGUCACCGCCACGUUCGACGUCGACCGCACCAGCUUCAUGCGCGAGGGCUCCUUCCGUGGCGCGCGCUCCCCCGGCGGCCUCGCCGCGGAUGGCGGCGGCGGCGCCGACGGAGUCCACCGCCACCACCGCCACCACCACCACCGCAGUGGCGGCUCCGAGGAUGACAAGCCGGCGAGCGACUGCGGCGUGGCCAACGGCGCCCUGUGCACGGCGAGCGACCGCCCGAGGCCCGCCGUUGAGACGGCGCCGUCCCCGGACGGCCGCUCCUCGCCGGCCACGCCGUCACCGUCCUCGCCGCCGUCUCCCGCCACCGCCGCCGCCGGCGUCGUCGUGGCGGCGGCGGCAGCGGCGGGCAGCUGGGGAGCGGCCACGUGCGCUAUCCCGCGGCGGCGCGCGCCGCUCGAGCAGAUGGCGCGCCAGGGCUCCUUCCGCGGAUUCCCGGCGCUGGUGCAGGGCUCGUCGCCCUUCAAGCGGCAGCUGUCGCUGCGCCUGGACGAGCUGCCGUCCACGCUGCAGCGCCGCUCGGGACUCGACAGCGCGGACUGCGGAUUUUCUGGCGGAACCGUGGAGGUUGGCGGGCACGUGGACGCGCUCUGCGCCCAGAUGCACUCAACGAGGCUGGCGCCAAGCCCCCCAAGUGACCCCUUCUACUCCCCGUCGGCAGACAACGGGCCCUCCCGCAUGGCCUCCCCUGCGGCAGGGAACGUCCCCUGGGCCCCCGUGGCUGCUCGCGAGAUGGCGACGUUUGCCGGGGUAAAGCCGAUGAGCCUGUCCGAGGCGGAGCAGUGGCUGGCGGACGUGGCGCGCGCCGUCACCACACCGUGCCCCUCGCCGCUGACGCCGCGCUCGCCGCCGGCGUCGUGCGCGGCGGCGGCGGCGGCCGUGCUGCUGCCGCUGCCUGCGGCCCCCUGCUACCAGGCCCCGCUGCCGACGACGACCCACACGGGCCCAUACUCGUCCCCUCUGCUUCAGCACCAGCAGCAGCAUCGCAUGGGGAUGACGCCGUCGCAAAUGGCCGCGUCGGUCUUCAGCAAGACGGGGUCGCCGAAGGUGGCGUCGGCGCGACCCGCCACGGGCGCCGUCUUCGCGUCCCGCCAGACGACCGCGGUGUUUGGCGGCGGCGGCGGCGUCGGUGGCCCGGCGUCCUGGGCCCCGCGCGACUCGCCGGUGCCGGCGGCGUACGCCGGCGCACUACGCCCCCCCGCGCUGCCGCAGGUGGACUCGUUUGAGAGCCGCUGGGCCGCGGCGCAGGCCGACAGCCACAAGUCGUGCCUCGGCCCCCCGAGGGGCGACCCCUUCUGCGCGGACGCGUUCAAAACCUUCGAGAUUCGCCUGUGAUGCUGACGUCGGCCCGGCCUGCGUCGCGCGUGCGCGCGGGGCAGGAAGGGAACUGCGUCGUCUCAGCGGCAGUCCUGUAGCGUGACCUCGUAUGAAGGUGGGGGGCGUCCCAAAACUCAGGGGGUCGGGGGGGAGGUACAACGCAGCCGAUGUUCAACUUCGAACAAAUUUGAGAAUUUACGAGCAGAAGGCUCAGCCCACUCCCUUCCCUCUGCGACGUUACGGGGCUGCUCAAUGGUCACUUUGUUGGUGAGGUUUUUAUAUAUAUAGAAUAUAUAAAUAUACACUCGUCUUUCGGGACAUGUGGGAAGCAAAGCUUUGUUUUUGCAUGUUAAGUUAUAGGUCCAUGAUGAGACUGCAGUUGUAUUACCAAAGCUGCUGUUUGUCAGUAUUGGAGCAAGGCAUAUGAUGUGUAUUAUUGUACGUUAUUUAUAAGUUAUAACCGGUCAUAGCUUUAGUUUUACCGUAUUUAAAAAAAAAAUACAAAAAAGGGAGAAAAAUAUGAAUCCCCGUAUAUUAUUAUUAUUGUAUCACAAGUUGUGUGACCUCAGUUUAUGAAUAAUCUCAGUAAACGAGGGUGCGUGUCGUGUGCGUGAGCAAGCAACAAUAAUAAUCGCUGACAUGCGAUGACUUCAAAUGCCCUCUCGUAGCAUCGCUGCAGUGUCGAACGAACAGGAACUCGAACGAGCAGUUUGCUUUUUCACUUCAUUCCUGUCGCUCCGUGCCCCCUGUACCGUUCCCGUUCUGCUGCAACGUGCACCCAUGCCUACUUUACAAAGGGCGAUAUUGGCACGUAAAAAUAAAGAUCGAUUGAUCAAAACGCUAAUGCAUUCGAAGCCAAAUUUAAGACAAAGGCACUGACAGUCAUUGUGUUGUACGACCAAAAUGUGUUUUCUCUUUUAUUUCGGUGCCAAAAUAUAUUGCAAUCUCUAUUAAUACUCGAACUAUUACGCUACUACUACGAUAUAUUUAACGUAUGUGUGUGUUUGCCGAGCGCGAUGAACACUCGUGUGUCGUCGGGAGUACGGUAAUUAUCGAGCUUUCAUAUGUAAUGCAGUAACACAGUAACCUCUCGGAUCUUUUUGUUGGUGUUAAUAUAUUUUGACGCCUCGCUCCAGAAGCUUCCGGAACGUCUGUUUUUAUGCCGUGCUACGACGCGAGCCCUCAGGCAUCGACUCCUCCAACGCUUCCACUUCGCUUCCUCUUGCCGUAAACCACUCCGGGAUAAGCGGCCGUGCGGAGUAUGCGGCCGUGGGGGGGAGGGAGAUGAAGACUCUACAAAACUAAAUCCAUCUCAUUGCCAUUUUGCCCCAGGACGACCUCGUGAGCCCGAUUGGGCAGAGCUGAUCUAAAUUUAAAUCGGCCACAGUGAAGCGAACCUCUCGCCUGCGUUACAGCCGCCACGCUGGGGCCGUGCCAAGCCAGCCUGGUGCGGCUCGGGUGCCGUCUGCUUGUUGUUCCACUGCAGUGGCCCAGCUGUGCUGCUCAUGUCGGGUUUCUUCUCCUCUCUGUAGCAGGGCAAGUUGGAAAGUGCCGCCACACCCGCCCCACCAAGUGUGGAUAAGAGAUCACGCGAAGGGAUACCCAGAAGUAGUUGUUGCACGACACCCUCCUUCUCCUUCUUCUGCUGCAGGGUGUUCUCUAACGCAGGGGGUGAUGCGCUGGCAUGCGUGAGAUUUCCAAAUGGGAUGCUUCGUGGCGUGGCGAUGACACCCAUUGCACAACUUGGAUAGAAUGACGGGGGAGGUGGGGGGGGAAGACAGAAAAAACAUCGUGGUCGGGGAGUUUGACAACCACUGGUUUGUGAAGGAAAGGGGGUCCCAUUAGGAUGCUGGGGACAAAGAGGCUACUGUGGGUGGUGUGACAGCGCCAAUGGCUUUGGCUCAACGCUUCUAUUUCCCCUCCCUGACUGGGGGCAAUCGGAAGGGACUGCAGGCAAGGCUUUUAAGUGCGAGCGGGCCACUCAAGAACACGAUGACGGCACUGUAGUGUGAAAAGUU